GUUUGGGGAAUCAGAGGUUUGUCAUGCGCAGAUAUGCUCUGACGAUCCGGCACAGGAGACCCAACCAAUGGGACACGACGUUUAGGGUUUCCUAGCAACCGGCGUAAACUUUACUGAGGGUCGAGCUGGCAGCGUCCCGAUCUCAGGGUCCCCGGGAGCACAAUGGAUUCCUCCAGCUGCUCGCUGGAAGUCAGAUGGAUGCAGGGAAUCAACCAGAAGCAUGUCACUUUUAUCAACCAUAAUACAGUGUGUUACCCAUGUGGAAAUUUUAUAGUGUUUACUGACACAGAGACAAGAAAGCAGUCAGUGCUGCAGUGUUCUACAGGGAGUAUCGGAGCAUUUGCUCUCAGUAUAAGUGCUGAAGUGGUGGCAUUUACUGACCAAAGGCUUCAGCCGAAUAUAUUCAUAUAUACCUUCCCAGGAUUUGUGAAAAGAGCAGAACUAAAAGAGGGAGCACAGCUGGAAUACUCUUUACUAGCAUUUAGUCAUUCAGGACACUACUUAGGUAGUUACUCAUCUGCUCCUGAUCACCUGCUCACAAUCUGGAACUGGCAGGAAGGCAUUGCGCUAUGUAGCAAGUCCGAUCCCAGCUCCGGUUUUACCAGUAUGAGCUUUAACCCCAUGGAUUGGCACCAGUUGUGCUUGUCUAGUGGAGAGUCUCUCACUGUUUGGAACAUUGAAGUCUGCAACACAGUGUACCACCUAAAAGAAACGCCAAUCAAACUUCCUAAUGAGGAUGGUACAGUGGCUAUAGAGGAUGGACCUAUCGGUGCUCAAGCAGACAUCCAGCUCUCCUACUUUGGACCUCUAAUGCCAGUCCCUGCCAUUGCUGGCUUAGUGGGUAGCCUAGCAGAAGGAUUCAAACCAAAAGCACAAAGAAAACCUGUUUUUAAACCCAAUAUUCAUUGCUGGAGUUCAUCAUCUGACUUGUAUGUGGGCUGUAAAGGAGGACAUCUUUUAUCCAUUAACCCUGAGACACAGAAAGUUACUGCGCUACAGCUAACAGAGCAACCAACAAACGAACAGUCACCUGGAGCCGCACUAUGUGAAGGAAGCAUACACACUAUGGCACUUUAUAGAGAUGGACUCUACAUUGCUGGAAGUGAUGGAAUCUUACGAUCAUGCUCAAUAAAGGGCUCAGAGAUUAAACUUGAAGAAUGCUGGAAUGCAAAGGAACCUAUUGAGAGCAUCAGUUUUUCUCCAGAUUACAAGAUGCUUUCCAUUGCAACAAACAAGGGUUGUGUAUAUAUAUACCCACAUAAACAGUCUGGAGACCCAUUUAAACUAUUAAAUUCAUAUAAUGAGGACAUAAUCGCUGCUGAUAUUGUGGCAAAUGGAAACAAUCAGUGUUUGAGUGUGGGAAGGUCAGGAAGAGUGCAGCUGUGGUCACUGGAGGACGGAGCAAACAUCAGCACUUUGUGUAUCGAUACACAGGCAACGUGCAUGGCGUGUUGCCCGUCAUCCAACUAUGCAGCUAUUGGAAGUAGCAGCGGACAUAUCUUUUUCAUUGAUGUUGUGAAAGUUAAAACUCCUCGAAUAGUGAGAAGAAAACGACUUUAUCAUGUCCCUGUGCUACACUUGCAUUUUGAUCAAAAAGGCAAUUUUCUCAUGACUGGAGCAGCUGAUGGACACGUAUUUGUAUUAGAUGCCAGGCCAUCCAAUUCAUUCCAGGUUCUUGGAUACACAGUGGUUGGUGGAGAUAUCCUGUCAUUGUCUUCACUAAGCUCAGUGGACACACAACACGUUAAGGUUCUGGCGCUUGUCUGUCCCACGGGAGAGCAGGAGAAGGAGGCGGGAGGCACCCAGCUGGAGCUGUUUUCUCUAUCACUGAAACUAUUAUCAAGUCCCAUUGAAUACAUUGAUCAUCGUGGGAUGUUUAAAGACAGCACGGUCCAGAAGCAACAAUACAAAGUGGAACAUCCUCUGUUUUCAGCUGUGCUCGGAAGCAAUGCUAGUUCUAUAUAUGGGUACUGCAGUGACUCCCCCAUUAUUUACAAGUUUUUGCUGCCAAAGGAAGUCUCCAGCGAUCUUAUUAAAGUUCUCCAAGUAGAAAAGAAGGUUCGUGGAAGUGACCUUGGGCCUGGAUCUCUGUGCUUGUCUCCUCAUCACAGGUGGUUGGCUGUGGCUGCAAAGGAUGGCAUUUUGUAUCUUCGAGAUUCAUUUACCUUAGACAGCUUUGCCCAGAUAUGUUGCCAUUCCUAUCACACUGGCGGCAUCUCCUCAAUGGCAUUUUCUUCAGAUGGACAGACAUUAGUUACUACAGGGAUGACAGAUGGGGCACUGGUGUGUCUCGGGUGGAGACCUCCUGGGAAUAAUACACUGAAGGCAGCCUAUGAGUAUGGCAGGGCUCUCAGCAUUUCUCUUCGGGAUGCUAUAUUCAGCGGAAAUGAGGAUUUGCUGAAGAUGGCACUAUGGACACCUGAUGCCGAUGCCUUGCCUGUUCCAGAUAAAGAGGAAAACCAGCUAAGUGUGGAAGUCACUGAACAAGAAAGCAGCUUCUCAUCAGCUGUGUAUGGAGAUCCCACUUGGCUCGAUCAGAAAUUGGAUGAGGUUAGAAAAGAAGAAACACAGAAAUAUGCUGACCAAAAGAAAAGUCUGAGAAAAGGCAUAAAAGAGCUCCGGGAAAAAAUACAAGCUAUGAUGCGAGAGAAUGAAUCAUUACCUGACAUUGAAAAGUUGAACCAGCAGGAAUUUAACCUGGACACAGAAGAGCAGGAAAGACUGCGGGCGGAAAGUGAGCAGGAAGUGGAGAGAGUACGAAGAGAAAUUGAGCUGGAAAAUGUGUCUAAACAAUAUCUACGUGAAAUCAUUAAAAAAGAAUGCUGGGAUUCUAUGGCUGUUAAAGGACGCUCUAUCAUGUCUUUUCAUACAGAAUAUGAAGUGAAGAACUAUCCUUUGAAAGAACGAACUGUAAAGGAGCUGGAAGAUUUUGCCAGAGUUUUAAAUGUCAAGAAGAUUGAAUCAGUCGAUCUCAAAGCGAGAAAAGAAAUUGUUGAGGUUCAGGCAAAAACUGGAUCAGAAGAGGAGGAAGAAGUGGAGGAGGAGACUGUGAAAAGCCAGGACAUCACCUCUCUGAUUGGGAGCCUGAGUGACCAAUAUGGCGGAGACACCUCCCACUUGUACAGCCAGCUGGAAAUGCACAGCCGGGAGGAGAAAAUUAACCAGAUUAUUUUGUUGCAGGAUAUCAUCCACAAUGUCAAAACUGCCUUUAACAAAGAAUUUGAAGUGGUGUGCAGGCAGAAAGAGCAAGAAGUCGCCCGUGUGAAUGAGAGGAACCAAAGAAUCCUGGAGAUCAUGUCUGAGCUGAACACACAGGAAAAAAUCCUACAGCCACAGUUUACAGAUAAUGAGAAACCAGAGCGAGCACUAACCGUGGACGAGUCAGAGAUAAAAGUUGAAAAAUAUUUAACAUCUGAACAGAAAGCAGAGGCAGAGCAGCUUGCCAAACAGGAAGAGGAGAAACGCCUGGCCGCACAGGAAGACCACGCCAAACAACGUGCGCUCAAUGACAUGAUGGGGGGUGUCCUGGAAGUGAAGAAGGAAGAUAUAUUAAGAACGGAAGUCUCGCGUCCUGGGUUUCUGUCUAGGGCUGAUGCAGAGUGGACUGAAGAUGAAAAAAAGCAGUUCAAAGACUAUGAUAAGAAAUGUAAAGAGCUGAAUGAGGAGAAGGACAAGUACAGGAAGAUACUAGAAGCAGAAAUGAAAAAGAUUCAGACCUCAAUCAUGGAAAGCACACAAGCUUUUGAUGACAUUUUGACAAGAUUUUUUGAAAAGAAAGUUAAAACUGAAAUGGUCAUUUACCAGGAGGAACUGAAGAUAAGAAAUCUUCUACUGUCAGUUCUCAUUGAAGAUGAGAUAAAUACCAGAGCAGCACAACUAAACUAUAUACUGGGCACAAAACGGAAACAGAAGAAUGAAACAUCUGAACUAGUGAAGACUUUCAAAGCUGAGGUGGAGGCAUUCAGGGAGUCCUAUGAUGAUCUCGUGGCAGAAGAUAAGUUGUUGGAUCGAGGAUUUAAGAAGGAAUUCUCUGACAUCCCAGCUCACUAUGUGGACCAGCUUUAUAAACUUUACAAACGAAGACCAAGAGUUCAACGCCUUAGGACUCAGACAGAAAAUGAUGCACCAUUUGGUGAUCGUCCAGGAUCAUCUAAAGCAUUUAAUGACUCCAUUGUUCAGCUAAUGAAAGCUAUGGAUGAACUAGAUACUCCAGAGCAUAUGCCAGAAGGACUGGAACUGCCAGUGUGGGAGCGUUUCUGCCUGGCAAGGCGGUCAAAGAUGGAGUAUGAACAGCAAGUGAAGCGUAAGGCCCUUGUCCUGGCUGAAAUGCAGGAAUUUCUAAAUAAGAGAAUAGAAGAAGAUGAGAGAACACGGCAGGACAUUGAGAAUAUUAUUCAAGAACUCAACAUAUUGCGCAACGAGAAAAUGAAGUUUCAGCUGGAUUUGACUGUCCAAUUCAUACUUAAACAAGGGCAAGUGGAAGUGGAGAGUGCUGAUUUAAUCCCUAAUUAUGCAGAUGCCAUACUUCUCCAUAGGAGUGUGAUAGAAGACUUAAAUAACGCUAUACGGGGACUGGGAGAACAGAAAAUUGCAAGCAUGGUGGAAAGCAAAGAUUUCCGGAAAGGAAUCUUCCAACUUCAGUGGGAACAUCAGAAAAUACAAAUGGAGAUGGAAGACCUGAAAAAGAAAUCCAAGGAUAUUAUGAUGCUUCGUGUUACAAAAGAAAUGCAGAUAUUUCUGAAUGAAUCAAAUUAUGACAAGCGUUUGUCUAAUCAGAUACUGGUCCUAGAAGACACCAUCAGCGUUCAAGAAAAACAACAUGAGAAAACUGUCAAGCGCUUAAAAAAAAUGAUUAAGGACUUGGGGAGUCAAAUUAACAGUAAGAAGGAGGCAAAUACACAACUAGACAAUGAGCUGCAGGAUACACUGGUCUCCUUCUCUGAAAGAAAACAUAUAUACAACGCAGUUGGACGAGAGCAAAGUUUUGCGAAGAAUGCGAGGGAUAGAUACAUGGACAUUGUACAGCGCCGGAAGCUAGUAGAUCUUGCAAAGGCGCAAGUUCAAGAGAUCACUGUGCUCCGCAUGGAGCUAGAUCGACUGCGGAUGAAAACCUUCCCUGCAUUAGUACAUAUGGAGUACUAGACACACAUAAUGCUCUGAAUUCAUUAAAAGCAGAAAUGAA